UCCCACCUCGCCUCCUCCACUUCUUCUCCCGAUACUGUUACUAAAUUUGAACUCGUUUUCUCGGUGAAAAGGAGCCACAUUUGAAUGAGGAGGGAGGAGGAAGUUCAAGGACCUUCUCUCUAUAGGAAAGCUUCGAUCUUUACCGCUGCCUUUGUCUUUCGCUUUUGAUAUCUCAAUGGUUCCAAGCUGUGAGCAUGCCUCCUCUGCCCUCCUCUGCGCUGAGGACAACAGUUGCGUCCUAGGCUUUGAUGAUGAAGAUGAUGGUGACUGUGAAGAGGAGCGCAGGAUUAGUUUGCUUUCCGAACAUAAAAGACGCAAUUUUUAUGGGGAUCCCCUCACGGAUAUACCACCGCAAUCGGAUGAGUGCUUGGCCUCUUUGGUCGAGAGGGAAUCCGAGCAUAUGCCGAGGGAGGACUACGCUGAGAGGUUGCGGUCUGGGGCAUCGGACUCGUCCAUAAGGACAGAUACCAUUGAUCGGAUUUUGAAGGUUCAUGCGCACUACAAUUUUGGACCACUGAGUGCCUGUUUAGCUGUAAAUUACUUGGAUCGGUUCCUCUCCAACUAUGAGCUACCCAAAGGCAAGGCUUGGAUGACACAGUUAUUAUCUGUGACCUGCUUAUCAUUGGCUGCUAAAAUGGAGGAAACCGAAGUCCCUUUGUCCUUGGAUUUUCAGGUAGGUGAGGCAAACUAUGUGUUUGAGGCCAAGACUAUCCAGAGAAUGGAGCUCCUGGUUCUGAGCACCCUUAAAUGGAGGAUGCAAGCUCUGACUCCUUUCUCUUUCAUCGAUUUCUUCCUCCAUAAAUUUAGCGGUGGCAAUGCGCCAACUAAAACGGUGGUCUCUCGAUCGAUGGAACUCAUUUUGAGCACAGUUAGAGGGGCUGAUUUCUUAGCAUUCAGACCAUCAGAAAUUGCCGCAGCCAUUACGCUGUUGGUUUCAGGAGAGAGACAACCCGUGGAUGUUGAGAAGGCGGUGUCUUGUUGCCUCCAAGUAGCCAAGGAGAAAGUCUUGAGAUGCUGUGAAGUGAUCAAGGACAUGGAAUUGAUGAGAUCCAGACCACUAAGAAAUGAUAACAUAUCAUUUUCCUCUGUGCCACCAAGCUCAAUUGGUGUGUCAAGUGCUGUAUGCUUGAGCUGUAAGGAUGAUGAUUUGACUGUCGAGUCACAUGCAACAAGUCAUCAUAAUUCUUCAGCUACUAAGAGGAGGAAACCUAGCAGGCAAUGAAGGAAGCUUGGUGUCCACUCCUUAUCUGCUUGUCAGGUUCUGCUACCAUCACACUAACAAUCUGGCAUCUUAAGUGGGAGUUUUAAGAUAGUCAUGACCUUGAAAAGGAAAAAGAUGCCAUGCAUGACUCACCAGAAACACAAAUAAGAGGAAAGGUAGUGCUACCAGUUAUUUAUGCCAAUCAUCAGACUUCAGAUGUCAAUAUGAACUCAGAGGAGACUAUGAUCCAGCUACCUACCUUAAGGUAUUUGUCAAUUUUCUUUCAUGGGAAACAUUAUGAAAAUGGUUGUCUUUGUGAUCAAACUGACCACCCAAUAAUUGAGGAGAGAAGUGGUUUCCUAAACAACAGGUUUAUGGUCACUGACAUUGAACUGAUGAAUGUUAUAUUGCAUUUCUUGUGUCUGCCAUCUUUUUUGUUUGACUAUUUGUCAAAUUGGACUCUGGAAGUUGCUUCCCAGUGCUGGAAAAGAGCCUUAUGGAGACAACAUAGAAAGCUUUCAAUCAGAAGAGAAUCUAAUAUUUAAUACAUAGUUGUGGAGGAAGCAUCUUGGAAGUUUCAGUUUCUUGUUUAAGAUCUUGGGACAAUUCCAAAGGAUGACAGAAUUAUUCCCUGCUGGUCUGUUUUCUUUGGGCCUCACUCUGUCAAAGCAUCUCUGUCAUUUGUAAUCAGCUCCUAUUAGUGCAGACUCAGAUCUACUGAGAGUGUUGUAAGUUAAACUCGUGUACAUUUCCAUUUCUAGUGCAAAAAUAUAUAUAUUUAU